UUUCACCGAUCGCUAAUAUUUGACUGGGCAAAAAUUAUUUCACCAAAAUAUUGACUUGGGGAAGUUUACGUCACACUGUCAAGUCCUAAUUAAUAACACUAUGGUUAAAAAACUCCCCCCAAAAACCAUUGCCGAAUUUCGAAGAAGUGCAGAAACUGAAAAUUUUCAAAUUCCUGAAAAGCCGGAAAAUCGCAAAUGUACCGAUCUCGGCUACUUAAUAUUUUUCCUCCUUGUUGUUUUAAUAACGACAAUUUUUGUGGCUUGUAGUUCUCUUGGAACGAAUUAUAACCGAUUUUUGAACGGUUAUGAUAAAUGUGGCGAUACCUGCGGUACCUCCAACCUGGCCGUUAAAACCGUUCAAUGUUCAGGAAAAGAUUUAACAAACAAACCAUUCAUGACGUUUAAAUACGCCAAUCGGACAAACGACUCAAAAAGCAAAAGGGAUAUUUUACCAGACAUUUGUGACAACAAAUGCGACCCUCCUAAGAGACUAGUAUUUCAUCGGUGCAUCCCUGACCUGAAUAAAACCUCCUACAGGAAAACUACCAUAGCUUUUGCCGAAUUUCGGAACGACCUCAAACUUGCCAUAAACACGAUUAUCAUCCCGAUGGCUAUCAUAGGAUUAGUAGUUUCGCUGAUUUUUCUCCACGGACUGCGUUACUCGCCAAAAAUUACAAUAACUGCAACAAUCACCUCCGCCCUUAUCUGUCUCUUUUGCUUCACGUCAUACAUUUGGUACUGGUUUGCCAGAAAUCUGGACGAGAAAAAACUUAUCUACAUUGGAAUUGUAUCGUCAUGUGCGAUUUUUCUCCAAUCUAUUUUCAUAUGUUACUUCCACGAUCGCUACUCUCUAAUUAUCAAAAUGUUCCGGGAAGCGACUCAAGUAAUUUUUGCGAUGCCCUCUCUCAUUUUUGUUCCUUUGGGUUUUGUGGCUAUCCUUGCUGUGGUUACUGCUAGUAUCGUCUUCCUUGGUGCCUUAAUCAGCACCAAUCAAUAUUUGAGCGAAAUUCCAGACCAUCCAUCUGUUUACGAAUACAGAGAUACAAGACUGGCCGAAGGUGCCCUCGCAUGUAUUGUUGUUUUUGGUAUUUGGACGUUUGCUUUGGCCAAUGGGUGCCAAUGCAUGAUCGUUUCUGGUGCCAUUUCCACUUAUUAUUUCACAAGGGACAAAUCAACUUUACAGAAACCAGUUCGUGCGAGUUUUUACGUCCUGAUGCGUUACCACCUUGGUACUGUUGCUUUAGGUUCGCUUUGUAUAACAUUUUUUUCGAUUGCUCGACUGUGUACUGAGUUUCUCGCGAAACGUUGUAAAAACAAAUGGUCUUUGAGAGGUUUAAGCCGUGUUUUGUCGUGGAUUGAGGGAGCGGCGGAAUAUUUGUCCAAAAGGGCUUAUAUCCAAACUGCAAUGCAUGGGGAGCCACUGUUUCGGAGCGGAUUACGGGGAGCGAGACUUCUUUGGGCAAAUUUUUUGGACAAUAUUGUGCUUUAUGGAGUCGGGAAUUUUAUUGUUGUUUGUAUCACGCUUUCUGCGGUAUUUCUGGGAACAAUAUUCGCGAUUAUUGUCUAUAAAACGGCAGGUUUAAAAGUGAGCUAUUUCUGGACGAUAGUUGCAAUCGGCGCUGGCAUUUCCGGAACUAUAAUCUAUUUUUUCACACAAGUUUUAAAUGUGGCCGUCGAGACCAUAUUUAUAUGUUUCUGUGAAGACAAACUCUUACAUAGUGCAAACAAUAAGGAUUAUUUUAUGAGUGAAGAGCUGAAGACGCUGAUAGAAACGGCUAAAAAGGCCGCAAGGAGGCAAGAAGCAGACUAAUAAUAAAGAAAACUUAAAAUAU